CACUAAACUUUAAAAGUCCGAAAGCUUACAGGUGAUAACCUUGGAAGUCCAGGCUUACUGCCUGCUAAAAGGCCAGCUACGGACCCGCAAAUAUUUGCUACUAACGUCAAUUGACACCAAGUUGACCUCUAUCUUGGUAUUUAACAUCUUCAACAAAAUAACCUAUCGAUACGUGCACAAUCACGUACGUUUACCAGACCGCGAUCAAUACGAAAUAACUUGCACGAAAAGUACAAAUCUUGCUGACAACCCAUCAUAAUGGCGUCCUCCGGCUCGCCCUUUUCCCUGCGCCCUUGGCCAACUGGCGACAAAAAGCCGAAGAACCUAAGCGAAUUCAUCACGCGCGUCAACGCCGAACGAGGUGGCUUCCGUAACAUGACCGAGACAGAGUUGCGCGAGGAAAUCGCCGCUCAGGAAGAUGGCCACAUCGAAGUCGACCGCUCUUCGGACGGGGAAGAGGAAGAAGAGACCGAUACGGAUAAGCCAAAGAACGUUAUGAUCACGAGAGAGGAGUUCUUGAAAAACCUUGAGUUUGCGCAUCAAUCGGCUAUGCUAGGCCUCGAUUUUAUCUCCCUCUUAUGUUCUAAAAACAAGCUGCACGAUCCUAACAAGCAAAGAGAGAUUGAGAAGCGAGAAGAAGCCAUGGCCUCUCUCUCACCCACGCUACGAGAGCUAGUACCAAUAGGAUCCCUAGGAGCCGCUAAGGUAAAUGCAUCGAACAUAACAGAGCCACGAAAGCAAGACGAUCUUGCUAUUGCCACUGGAUGGAGACUCAUGGGUAUUAACAAUAUGGUGGAUUCUGUCGUGGCGGCUGCUGAGAAGUUAGAAAAAGAAAUGGAGCUAGAGGCGAAAUACUGGGCAGAUAUAUUGGCCGUCAGCGAGAAUGGCUGGUCUGUCUGUGCUCUGCCCCAAGAGCCCCAUACACUCGGUGUUCGAUUUGGGUUUGCUGAGUCUGCGCCCGAGUUCCGAAAUACCAGUAUUGCUCCCCUGAGACGCAACGAUGACGGAACUGUUCGACUAGAUCUUGGUCGUGUUGGUGGCGGUUCGCAGAGGGUUAGAGUUACGUUGAAAAAGAACGGCCAAAUUGUAGACCAGUCACCCUUACCUCGACGAACACCGGAUGAUGCGCCUCUAGAAGACCGAGUGCUUGAGGCUAGAAAUACGGCGUUCCACCAAGAGCUAUGGUAUGAAAUAAACCGAGAAGCUCGCACUCUCCUCUCGUCGGACGUUUACUCCGAUUCAUCAUGCAUUAUUUGGAAACAAGAUUCGGAAACGCAGAUGAUCUUUACCCUUGAAGACCUCGCCGAACCGGAUAACAAGUAUGAGAAGAUCUCCAACACUCAGUGCUCAUGCACUGCACACUACGUCUACAUGCAAUUUCUCCUAUUUCAAGGACAUAGGCAAAACUACCACCGGCGUACCACAAUGACGCAGCUCCCGCCUAACCGCGGGGCCUUACACCAACCGUAUACCAUCAUCCGCGCUGUGAUCGCGAAUAAUGAAUACUUUAGGCACGGUAAAAUCGUGGCUAACUUCUUAGAAGAUAUGGUAUUUACUUUGAAACGUGCUGGCAUUUCAACAGCUGCUUGUAAAUCAGCCUCUCAACCCCUCCUUCCAGCUCUCCUGCAGGGCAACUCGACCCGCCAGAACGCCAAGACAGAGCUUAACUUCGUCAAUCACCUCGCCGGUCGCCUCGAAUCUUUAUUCGAAUUGACAAUUACUCCAGAAGCUCGGAUAUUCGCUCGUGGUCACAUCCUCAUAGUACCGCAUAAUGGGAUGGUCUUCCGUAUUUCCCUCGUCCCGUUUUCUGUCCAGAACAGUGGCGGCGAGAAUAACAACAAUACCGCCUCUGAGAAGGAGAAGGGUCCACCAAACCCGCUAGAGACUAUGUACCCGCCCGUUGAACAGUAUCCCAACGCCAAGGAAGCCACACACUAUAUUCGACAAGCGGCAAUCCGCGCCCUGGUUCAGAAGUUAGCUGAAGAGGCCAGGGAAAAGCUACACAGGGACGACAUAGACUUUAACGAGACGAUACGAGGCCCAGGUGUGAAAGGUAGCGAUGAUAAAGAGGCCCGCAUCGACAUCACAGACGACGUGGACGGUCAGCUGGUCUUAAGUCUCGAUGCGCAGUGGCAAGCGGGUAAGGAUAUCGCGAGCCGCCGCUGGACUUGGAGAGCGGAUCGCGACGACGCAGGGGGAGAGUCUGUUACGGAUGUCGUGGUUAAGGUCAUGCAAGGACACCCGUCGCUCUAGGUGAGUGCAACGGACAGCUGGGGAUCUGACGGUGGAUCGAUAUCUCAUUCGCGGAAUUGGUCCUCGAUGAUGAGUGAUGUGGAAGGAGAUGUACAGGUACUUUUUUAAGAUGCCUCCCGCUUUGAGGGCUGAUUGCUGGUGCUUCGGGGGCUUAUGUAGGCCUGCUACUUGAAGUACCUAGUACUUAAGAAAUAUAUUGCAACCCCACGUCAAGUCCGAGAUCUGCAGCUUUGCAGCUUUGCACACCGAAACCUGUACUGAAGUGAUUUCCGGUAUGAGGCUGAGUUUUUCAAAGGGAUCAAGUUUGAGUGCCGGUGUGACUGAUACUAGGUAUGUACCUUUGAUGUGGAGAUUCCCUUAUGGAACAAUUUACAACCUACUAGGUAUGUACCUAGAUACCU